CUACUUUUUUUUUAAUCCAGCGUUUAAACAAUACCUCUAUUUGUAUAUUGCUGGUCUCAGGCCAAAACAACCCGUGCCCAAAUUUGGUGAAUUUAAUAUAUUUUCAUAAAUCUGUGUCAGUUCACAUGUGCGUGCGCUAUCUUCACAAAUAUUUGAUCAGUUUUAAGUGUUGAAUAUGGCUUGCUCACUUAAACAGUGUCAUGCACAAUGCAAAAAUAAACAAGCAAACGAAAAAUUUGGAGGCACUGUCCGACACCAGCGGUAUGUACUGUAGACUACAGGUUAAAAUGUACCCUUCGACUUUUUCACAUUAUAAUCACAAACAUUUUUUGUUGUUGUUGACAUUUGAUUUGAUAGACUAAAACAGAAUUGCAUACAAGUGAAAAAUGGAAAGAAAAUGAUACACGGUUUUCAAAAUAUUGUGAUAAAUAUCUGAAAAGUGCAGCUUGCAUUGAAAUCAGGCCCAUGCACUCUGAUAAAACCUCAAUUUCACUGACAUGCCUUCCUAUGAGAAAUUGCCAUUUCAAUGUACCACUGUCCAAGACAGUUUGAUUGCAUUCAACUUUGUAGCUUCCACUGAAGCUACAAACUUCCCAGGAUGGAUGUACAGUAUCCGUUGCGGGGGCGGUAAGUGGAAAUUUCAGGACAAUUCCCCGAAUGGCUGCUCCAUUUCAGACCGACACGGCCCAGCAUUUGUUUUAUAUAGUUUUCUAAUUAAAUUGGCCCUCAUUCCUAUCUAGUGUCCAAUAUACAGCCAAAAAGAAACAUGUUAGAACAAGCUUCAACCAAAUGUGCAAAGCUAACAGAUCUUUUCCGAGGAGGAAAUUCGAAGUUGCUCCUGAUCCCGAAUGGUAAAAUCACUGGUAAAAUUUCUAAAUAAGUCCUUAUUGAUUGGACUUAUGUUGAUGAUUCAUUGUUUUUGCCCACCAUCAGAAAAUGAUUGUCUCUGUGAUCUGACUUAUAAGUAGGUAAUAUUGCACUUUAAGCACUUGAUUGUCUUUGCAUUGUCUAUUUUUAUUUUAACUUAAUUCUACAUAAAAUCAAUAGUUUGUUGUUAUGUUGUAACUGUUGCUCGUGUUGCUUGCUUGGAAACAAUAGAGUUAAACUGUGCUGCACCUUGGAUCUGGUAUCUGCGUUUCCACAGCAACACAUAUUAAAUUACACAUAGGCUUGGUGCUGGACUUUAAACAGGUGGAGGGAGAGACUUCAUAAAAUCAAUUCCGUCUUCUGGGAAUCCACUUAAAUACUUGAAAUGGCAAAAUUCUUUACACCAGCUCAAAUCAACGAGUUCAAGGAGUGCUUCUCCUUGUAUGACAAGAAACAAAAGGGAAGGAUUGACGUCAAGGACCUGAUCACAGUUAUGCGCUGCCUUGGGACAAGCCCCACACUUGGUGAAAUUGAAAGACAUCUUCAAGUUCAUAAAAUUGAAAAGUCAGGGAGCUUGGACUUCUCUACAUUCCUGACCAUGAUGCACCGGCAGAUACAACAAGAAGACCCGAAGGCAGAAAUUCUUGAAGCCUUUAGGAUGACAGACAAACAAAAGAAAGGAUACAUUCAAGCCUCGGAACUGAGAGCCAAACUCACCAUGUUGGGAGAGAAACUUACUGUUAAAGAAGUGGAAGAGCUGUUCAAAGAAGCAAACAUCAAGCCAAGUGGAGUUGUUAACUAUGAAGAGUUCACCGAAAUGGUGACUCUACCACCUGUUGAUUAUUGAGUUGGGGCAUUGUAAGAAAUAAACAAGCAGACACUGCUCCGUGUGGCUUUAAUUUGAAUUCUUUCAUUAAGUUUGUGUCUUUUGGGUUAAAGGUAUCUAAUUCAGUACAACUUGUUCUUUAUAGUUAAAGUUUAAAUGGCUGUUUGAAAUGGACUUAUUGUAUCAUUUUUAUUAUUGGUUUUGAUUUAAUAUACACCUGAAUCUCAAUUUUAAACAGACUUUGGGGUCCAGAAUUUGGGAAUCGCGUUAACCCCGAAAGUGUGUUGCAUGCAAAGGCAUGUUUUUAGGCGGCCAAUGGGGUUCUUUGUUGCGUUAAUUUAUGUCAGACAUGUUGUUGGGGAGCUGAUAGAAUCGUUUGCCGUCCGUCACUUUGAGUUGACAUUUUAAUAAGAGAGAAGUAAUACGCAGGUGACAAUAUCAGGCGGAUUUAGUAAGUCAUCUUGAUGCUAUGUGAAUUGGAUGGAAGAGAGAAUAAAGCAGCCACUUAUUCUA